AUGAGAUACACACUCGCUUCGCUGGCCUCGCUGGCCGCCGCCGCCCAGGCCCUUGCCCCUCGUGGCGAACAGUGCUCUUUCCACCUGAAGGCGGCCGGUUCAGCGUCUGGCAAUAUUGGCCAGCUCAGCAGUGGCCAGGCCAGGAUCGGCCUCAGCCCGGCAACCUUCAAGCUGGACGGUGACACAGCCUGGGACUCCCAAGGCCGCGGAUGCUGGUGGACUCCCCCCACAAAGCUUCUCCAGUGCGACGUGGGCCAGAUACCCGAGAAGGGUUGGAAGUUUGAGUGUGACGGCUCCGUCUCGUUCAAUGGGCAGAAGGAAUUCUACCAGUGUGACGCCGACAAUGGCCAGUACAACAUCUACCUCCUCAACGGUCAGGGCAAGGACUGCGCCAAGGUGACGCUCACCUCUGACGGCUGCACGCCCCAAUGCCCCAAGCCAAAGCCCACCGAAGCCCAGCCCACCUGUCCCCCCAAAGAGACUGUCACCGUAACCCAGCAACAGCCCCCCAAGACCACCACGGUGACCCAGAUCAUCACGAGUGUCGUCACCCAAGGCUGCCCGGCCCCUCCUCCGCAGACCCAAGUCCAGACCAUGACCAAGGUCGUGAGCCCGCCUCCUCCCCAGCAGUCUCCGCCCCCCAAGUCGUGCCCGACCAACCUCUCCGGCCCCUACGAGUUCCCCCACCUGAUCAUCCCCGUCGACAGCUCCAACCCGGACAAGGCCGCCGGCACGUCGUACAACGGCCAGGCCGACUCCAAGAUCUCGUCCAUCUUCAACUUCGACAUUCCCGGAAGCUUGAAGGGCAAGACGUGCAGCCUCGUCUUCCUGUUCCCUAAGAAGGAGAACCUCGAGACGUCCGACUGGAAGCUCAGCGGCUCGGGCGAGGUCGUCUUCUCCAAGCUCAAGGGCGUCGCCACGCAGAAGACGACGGCGAACAACGCCCCCGCCGUCGAGUCGGAGCUGAAGACGGUCCAGAUCGUGCCCGGCAACGGAUACUCGAUCGCCACUUUUGACUGUCCUGCUGGCAACGCUGUCAGCUUCCAGCUGAAGAGCAAGGGCGACACCUCGCUCUGGUUCUUCGAGGACUACAACCCCUCGCCUCUGGGUCUGUACAUCACCGUCUGCUAA